AUGGCGAUGGCCGCAGCCCGCUAUACUGUCCCUUUCGCGCUGCGGUCCGUCACUCUCCACAAAUUGGAGUUAGCGGAGGCGUUCCCGGUGUGCGCUGCUGCUGCCGCUGCUGCGGCGAGCGUAACUACGCGCGAGCUUGUUGGUCCCCCCGCGGCCAUGGCAGUGCUGCACGGCAAGUUGGCCUCCCCGCCUCUCCUUGCUCUCGCGGACAGCGGGCUCACAACCACCGCGCCUGCACUCUCACCCGCCGCCGAAAUGCCGCAGUGGCGGUACGACGCUAAGAGCGUUACAACAAGAACCUUCCUGCUGGCGAAAGAGUAUGUUGCGGGACUGCUUGUCGCGGUUCAUCCUGCUAUCCCACUCGCGCGCUCUCCUUCUCUCUCCGCCCGCCGCGUCCACGCGCGCCGCUCCCGCUUCCCCGCGGGCAGCCGCUACAUGACGGGCUGCUGCUGCCGCCGUUCCAUGCCGUGCCGCUGCGCCGCCGCUCCCGCCCGCCGCGCUGAGCGUGCGCCCGCGAUCCGCCUGGACUCCGCCCGGCGCCGCAUCGAGUGCGCGGGGCGCUGCGUGCUGGCGGACGUGCCCGCCGGCACCCGCUUCCGCCUCGCCGCCACUGGCGCGGAGCGCGGGGAGGAAGGGCAGGGAGAAAGCGGGGAGCGCGGGGAGGGAGAAAGUGGGGAGGGAGAAAACGGGGAGGGCGGAGAUGAGGGCAGGUUCACCGGCGCGUUUCUGGGCGCCACGAUGGACACGCGCGGGCACGCGCGGGAGAGACGUGCCCGUGGAAACCCAGUUCCUGCUCCUGCGCCUGUCCCCACUGCCACCACUGGAGGGGCGCCAUGCAGGGCCGUGCAGCAGCAGCUAGGCACGUUCAAGAUACGGGAAGAGAAACCGACCAGACCAGACCACAGUCGUUACGGCAGAGCUCUCCAGAUUUAUCGCCCAUUCUCAUCCCCCCAUGCCUUGCACCCCCACCACCCACCGCACCAUGCCCUUUCCACACCACCAUUGGACCCUACUCUACCGCUUUCUCCCCCAAAUGAUCCUGCUCCUCCAUUGCUCCCUCCACUCCGUUCUCCCAUUGUCCCCUCCGUUCCUGACAUCCUCUCUCUCCCGCGCAUGCCCUGCCCCCCAUACCCUUCCCUCCCAUGCCCUGCUCCCCAUACCCUUCCCUCCCAUGCCCUGCCCCCCAUACCCUUCCCUCCCAUGCCCUGCCCCCCAUACCCUUCCCUCCCAUGCCCUGCCCCCCAUACCCUUCCCUCCCAUGCCCUGCCCCCCAUACCCUUCCCUCCCAUGCCCUGCCCCCCAUACCCUUCCCUCCCAUGCCCUGCCCCCCAUACCCUUCCCUCCCAUGCCCUGCCCCCCAUACCCUUCCCUCCCAUGCCCUGCCCCCCAUACCCUUCCCUCCCAUGCCCUGCCCCCCAUACCCUUCCCUCCCAUGCCCUGCCCCCCAUACCCUUCCCUCCCAUGCCCUGCCCCCCAUACCCUUCCCUCCCAUGCCCUGCCCCCCAUACCCUUCCCUCCCAUGCCCUGCCCCCCAUACCCUUCCCUCCCAUGCCCUGCCCCCCAUGCCCUGCCCCCCCAUGCCCUGCCCCCCAUACCCUUCCCUCCCAUGCCCUGCCCCCCAUACCCUUCCCUCCCAUGCCCUGCCCCCCAUGCCCUGCCCCCCCAUGCCCUACCCGCAGGUACCGGAGGUGCUACGGUGGUUUGGGUGGCGCACGUGGAAUGCCCUCUACACGCACGUGGAAUGCCCUCUACACGCACGUGGACAGCGCCGGCAUCGGUGCUGGCCUCUCCAGCCUGGCAGCGGGCGGCACGCCAGCUCACAUUCUGGUGAUCGAUGAUGGCUGGCAGGCCACUGCUGCUGAUGAGGCCGUGGAGGAGACGGAGGAAGGGCAAGGGGAGGAGAAGCAGGGGAAACAUGGAGACGAGGAGAAGGCAGGAUGCGUGGAGCAAGUGAAGUCGGAGGCACACGUAGGUGUUGCUGGCACUGCUGAUGACCUCCACAACCGCCAUUGCUGUUCAUCAUCGCACAUGGAUUGCCCGCCUCGCUUACUCUCACCACCUGCAUCUAUCCCACUCGUUGAGAGUGCUGCAGCACAUGAUGGUGCAUCUAUCCCACUCGUGGAGAGUGCUGCAGCACAUGAUGGUGCAUCUAUCCCACUCGUGGAGAGUGCUGCAGCACAUGAUGGUGCAUCUAUCCCACUCGUGGAGAGUGCUGCAGCACAUGAUGGUGCAUCUAUCCCACUCGUGGAGAGUGCUGCAGCACAUGAUGGUGCAUCUAUCCCACUCGUGGAGAGUGCUGCAGCACAUGAUGUUAUUCAACACCCUCCCCUGUUCACCACCCUCACAAAUGCACCCUACCUUUCCCCCGUUCCCUCUCAUCCACUCGCCUCUCCUACCCCCCUCCACCCCCCCCUCUCUCUCCCCAAACACGUGUACAUGUGGCACGCACUGAUCGGCUACUGGAACAGCAUGCACCCGUCCCUCGUCAUGCUCUGCGCCCCUGUGGCAGGUGGCUCUUUGCUCUCCCCUCACUCUUUGCCCUCCCCUCACUCUUUGCCCUCCCCUCACUCUUUGCUCUCCCCUCACUCUUUGCUCUCCCCUCACUCAUUGCUCUCCCCUCACUCUUUGCUCUCCCCUCACUCUUUGCCCUCCCCUCACUCUUUGCUCUCCCCUCACUCUUUGCUCUCCCCUCACUCAUUGCUCUCCCCUCACUCUUUGCUCUCCCCUCACUCUUUGCCCUCCCCUCACUCUUUGCUCUCCCCUCGCUCUUUGCUCUCCCCUCACUCUUUGCCCUCCCCUCACUCUUUGCUCUCCCCUCACUCUUUGCCCUCCCCUCACUCUUUGCCCUCCCCUCACUCUUUGCCCUCCCCUCACUCUUUGCUCUCCCCUCACUCUUUGCUCUCCCCUCACUCUUUGCUCUCCCCUCACUCUUUGCCCUCCCCUCACUCUUUGCCCUCCCCUCACUCUUUGCUCUCCCCUCACUCUUUGCUCUCCCCUCACUCUCUGCACUCUAUCACAGCACCCAGCAGCGGAGUUGCACGCUGCAGCCAGGGCCGUGGGGGGCUGCCCCGUCUAUGUCAGGUGGGGGGCGACAGGCGAGGCGACGAGGGGUGGGAGAAGGGAGGUGAAGAAGUGGGGUUGAGGCGGUGUGUGUGUGAGAGGUGGAGCAGCAAAUCUCCCUCCCCGCACGGCCGUGCACGUCCCAGUGACAAGCCCGGGCAGCACAACAGCGCACUGCUGGCACGCCUGGUGCUGCCCGAUGGCUCGCUGCUGCGGGCCCUGCUGCCAGGCCGCCCCGCCCCACCCUCGACUGCCUCUUCCUCCACCCUGCUGCACACUCCGCUAGGCUGCUCAAGGUGCGGAACAUCAACCCCUGCGGCGGCGUUGUGGGUGUCUUCAACUGCCAG